CUUUUCCAUCAGUCGUAGGAUAUGGAAAAAAAACAUGCCAUUUUUAAUCCAUUGCUUAUUCUGGAAUAGAAUCGAUUACAUAGAACAAUAGCACAAGUGGCAAAUCAACACUUAACCCUGGAAAUUUAGAUAGAUACAGAUAUGAUAUGUUUAUUUAUGUUUUGGGUCUUAGGAAGUUAAAAUGGAUCUUAUUUCUGCCUGAAUCCCAAAAUAGUUGCAGGAUGACUUUUAAUGCACAUCACUACUAGUGCAUAGUAAAACUUUAUAUUUCCAGGGUUUACAUACAUGCAGAGUGUGAUCUACAUGGAAGUUUACACGCUGUGAACAUAUUUUUUGCAGAGUCAGAGACAGAUGGUCCCUCAGUAACUGCAUUGUCAGGGUUUCUGCCCUGCAUUUGUCACUGUUGGAAAUGCAGACGGCUGCACAAUCUCACAUAAACUCCUCUCAAACUCCACAUAAACUCCACAUAAACUUCACCGUGGUUCUUUGCAGCUCCUCUGUGUGUGACAGCCAGCCCAUGUAAGGAGAGUGCACUCACCGUUACCAUGGAGACGGGUAAACUGUGCACCCAGACCAGCGGAGAGAAGAAGAAGAGUAGUUCAGGUUUAAAGUAUGCACACAGACAGAAAGUGUGUUUAGGAGUUGGAUUUAUUCCUUUUGUUCCGUCUGAGGAGGACUGAUGCGUCUCAUCCAUCCAUCCAUCCAUCCAUCCAUCCAUCCAUCUAUCUAUCCAUCUAUCCAUCUAUCUAUCUAUCUAUCCAUCUAUCUAUCUAUCCCAGCUGCUCCAGGAUGCCUCUAGCACCGAGGUCUUCUCCAAAAUGUUCCAAGAUGGAAACCAAGCUGAGCUGCUGGACUCCUCUGAACCAUCCUGUGACCAACAGUAAGGUGUUUGCAGAGAGACGGAUCCUCCUGUCAAAGUGGUUCGACAGGUGGUCUGACGGCCAGAGGAAGGCGCUGCUGCAGGACUUGGUGCUGAGAUGUUCCAUGGAUCAGCUCCGGUUCCUCAGCCUCAGUGUGAGCAGACAGCUCCCCCUACAGGCUGCAGACUUCACCUGCCUGCUGCCCAGAGCCCUCAGCCUCUUCAUCUUCUCCUUCCUGGACCCUCGCAGCCUCUGUCGAUGCUCCCAGGUGAGCUGGAUCUGGAAGAGCUUGGUGGAUCUGGACCAGCUCUGGAGGCCAAAAUGUCUGAAGCUCGGCUGGAGCAUCGGCUUCACCCCGACUCCCUUUGAGCAGGGAGUCUGGAAGAGACUCUACAUCCAGAAGGUCCAGGAGAUACGGAUCACUUCACUGCAGCAGCAGUUUGUGCUUCCAUAUGCUACAGCCGUCAGCAUUAAACCUGAAGAGUCACCAGAGGAGUUCUUCAGCAGUCAGGAGCCUCCGGAAUCCACCAAUCAGAGGCCUGGAAGGAGCUCCAGGUCAGGAUUAAAGAAGGAGAAGCAGCUUCCACCGUGGAGAGACUCUGACAGACGACCCAAAGACACGAUCCGAUUCAACUACCUGGACAACCUGGAGCCCAUGGAGGCGCUGAGAACGCAGACGAAAAGCAGAGCGAAGCCAGAUGACGUGGAGAGAAAAACACUGUCUGAGGCCAACUACAAACUCCGCAAAGCCAAAUCUCUGAUGUUCCUCAGCUCCAACUGCAGACCCCACCACACACCAUCUCCUCCUUCUCCUCCUCUUCAGACCCAAACUCGCCCCCUGUGGGCCUCUCAGCCUGCAGACCAGCCCCUCACCCAGCAGACCUCCAGCAGCCUCCUCCGUCUGGCCCAGUUCAACGCUGGGAUCCGUCCGAGGCCGGUGAGGACUCCGGUGCCCCGGCUGAGCGUGGAGGCGCUCAGGGCGUCCCGGCGAUCCCACAGGAGCCUUCCCAGUUCUCCACUGUUUGACUUCCAGCCCUGGACUGCUUCUACGGUACACAAACAAGUGAAGAAGUCUAACGCCCCCACAUGGAGGACCACAGAACUGCAACCUGUGUGUGAACAUCCCCAGCUAUUUUAUGAAGAAUAAUUUUUUUUUUACUUUUAAUACAGUGUUUCCUACAUGAGCUGUGGUGUUAGCCUUGUUUUCCCCAAAAGCUUAGGGGAAAACAAUCCAGACUUCUCCUUUAAGGUCCGGUUGCUUUUUACUGAAGCUGUAAACUCACUCAGACUUGUUUUUUUUAUCCCCCGCCUCCACGAAGUGGAAAAGGGGGAUAAGGCCUCCGUCCGUCCGAGAUGAAGGGGACAGCUUUUCUCGGAAACUAUUACAGCUAGGAUUACGAAAUUUAGUGUGUAGCUUCACACCAUGGACACCUUGAUUAAGUUCGAAAAUGAGACCUGUGCGAUAAUAUUUAACAGAGUUAUGGCCCUUGAUCACUAUCUUGGAUAUAGACUCAUAGACAUCACAUGUGGCGGGGGAUAUUGAUGACCAUGUCGUCUUGUUUAUAGAUGGAAUGCAGCUAAAAUAUCUUUACUGCUUUGCUGAAUAAUGGUGCUUGUUUGCUUUUGUUUUUACAGAUUGUGUUUUGAAUUAUCAGUAUGACAGUUGGGUGUCCAGGAUAAAACUGCCUGAACUGCUGUAAAUAAGAAUGCCAAAAAUGUGUGUAAGAAAUGUACCACUUUUAAUAUCCAAUCCACACAUCCCAUUCAGUAUGCAAGAACAAAGCAAAGCAGAUUUAUAUCAACAGUGAGUUUGAAAUCCAACACCAACUGUCAGUUUAAGACAACAACAACAAAAAAAAAAACUGGAUUCGCCUCUAAAAAAAACAACUUCUUGCAUUCAACACACAGUAGCAUAUUCUCGGGCAAAGAUGAAGCUUGGUGUACAUCAAUCAUGACAGACCAGGAGGUUUUUAAAAACCACUUCAGUCGGAUAUGAAACAUCGUUAUCAUGCGUACACUGGGCUUCGAGUCUGUACAGUUUUUAAAUCGUUGCAUAUAAAACAUAUGGCUCACACGCACACGUAUGCAUAUAUUACUAAAUACAAGAGAAUCAAACAGAAAUGAUGACAUGUUAAUUUAAUGUUAUUAAACUGGAGGUUAAUCGAAGGACA